GUGGCGGAGUUGAGGGAGGCGGCGCCAGAGAUGGUGAGGGAGGAGGUAGACGGGGAGAACCAGACGUGGGUUUAUUGGAACGGUCAGGCGUUCAUGAAUGGGUUUUUGUACAAAAAGGUGAAAAUGAACUGUCUGUCGAUGGAAGAGGCGCAGCCGACGAUGAACGAGAUAUUGUUGUUUUCGGCGGCGAGUAAGAAGACGUUAGAGGAGUUCAAGGUGAUGGAAGAGAUGCUGUCCAUUCCGUCGAAAGGCACGCAGAAGAUGCAGUUUGUGAAGGGAGACAACGUUGAGGUUGUUCGCGGAGAGUUGAUUUCGGUGAUUGGGAAGGUGCAAUCGACCGACGGGGAUCGGGUUGUGUUUGUACCGAGUGACACAAAAUUGUACGGAUCGGACCCGCUGGUGGUGCCGGUUCAGUACUUGAGGAAAUAUUUCAAGAGCGGAGACCGAAUCAAGGUGCUGAAUGGGAUUCACGAGGGAGAAACCGGGCUGGUUACGAGCGUGAGCGGGGAGGUGGCGACCGUGUUUUCGGACAGCAGUCAGAAAAAUUUCAAGGUGUUGAUGAAGGACAUUCAGGAGACCAUGGAGACGAAUUUGGGAAAGCUGGGGCUGGGGAAGUACGAAUUGCACGAUUUGGUACAGGUGAACGACCAAUCUGUGGGCAUGAUUGUGAAGGUGAAUUCGGACGGGUUUGACAUUUUGAAUUGGCAUGGUCAGUUGAAGACCGUGCAGUUGCACGACGUCGGGAUGAAGAGAAACAUACGGAACGUGACAUAUCACGAUUCUAUAGGAAAGUUGGUGAGUUUAGGCGAUACGGUCAGAGUGGCCGUCGGGCCUCACAGCGGCCAGACGGGCACGGUCGCUCACAUGUAUCAGAAUGUAGCAUGGAUUCGCUGCAGAGAACACAAAGAAAAUGGCGGAAUUAUUACCGUUAAGUGCAUGCAAAUGUCUCUGGUCAGCAAAAACAACACGGAUUCGUUCUACCGCUCGUCGUUUGGCAACCAAGCACCUCGGUCGUCCUCCAGGAUGGCAUCGGGUAACAACAAUCGAUACAGAAUCACGUCCAUGAGGAGAGUCUACAUUACCAAGGGCAUAUGGAAGGGAUAUUCUGGGGUCGUGAGAAAUGAAAACAAAACAUCGGUUCGGAUCGAACUCGACGCGGGCGAAAAAGUUGUGACGCUUCCGCUCGAUUUUAUUUGCUCCGCGCAGGAACUCGAAGAAAGGACCCCGUCCUACCGAGACCAAUUCUUGAAUGCAGACGUCUCCAGAAAAGACGAUGGAUCGCAAACUCCAAUGAGAAUGGCAACUCCAAGACAUUCGGCGACUUCCUACUGUCAGAGCGACCCGUGGAAUCCAAACAUGAAGCCGACCUUGCCAUCCCAAUUCGGGAUGAUUGAAGGCAUGGGCAACUCCGUUACCACCCCCUUCACCCCCGGCGCGGCCGGAAUCGACGUUUCUCUCAAACCGCCUUCUUCCAACAACUACGCGCCCUCCAAUCACAUGCUUCCACCCACCACUCCGUUCACUCCAUUCAGCCACGUCACUACUCCGUGCACCCCCGGCACAAACCUCCUCUCCUCAGACACCAACCACGGCUCCGACCAGGCGACCACUCUCCCAUCCCACGAGCCCCUCAUAAAAAGCUAUCCCUCUGCGCCCCUGACGCCCUCCAUCCAUACAGAGCCCCCCAAAGAAGAAGGACCUCACGACUGGAUAUGUCCAGACAUAGAAGUCCUCAUCUCUUCGGAGCCGUACAUCGACACACACGGAAUUGUAAAAGAAAUCGACGACGAAACCUGUCAAGUGCAGCUCCUCCCCCCCGCGUCCAACUUCUCCUCGGAUCCGCAAAAAGAAAACUCCACGCAGCUCCCCAUCGUGACCGUACGAAAGGAGCAUCUCUCUCUCGUCCCUCCCUCCAAGAGAGAUCAAAUCAUCGUUAUCAAAGGUCCCCUUAAAGGGUCCAUCGGCAAUCUCGUCGGCAUAAACAAGCAGGACGCGCUGAUCUCGCAAUGCUUGAACUCGUUCGUCUCGCAGAUCACCGAACUUGCCAGAUACCACGGCGUGCAAUCUUAGAAAAAAUUUUUGCACUUCUGCAAAAUAGUCGACGACCUCUUAUAAUCCUGCUCUCUUUCUCAUUUUACGUUGUAAAUCAAAAUCCGCAUUUUUAUUCCAUGCCUCAUCUGUCGUUUUGUUCAAGCAAUCACAAAAUCCAUAUGGACAGUCCGCCUUCCUCAAGACAUUAGACUGAAAUAGGGAAAGGACUGGUCUUGACCGGCAACCUGACUGCCGCCAAUCAUUGAUCAAGCAUCAUCUCGUUGUACCACCGAUAGGGCCCAAUUUUCUCCAAACUGAAUCGUUUUCGCACGUGUACACACACGUCAAGAAAAAC